GGCUUGUGCAGGGCCGGCUGGAACGCGUCGGGAGCCGGCGCAGAGGCCCAAGCGACGGGACCCGAGAGAAGAAGGCAAGGCAGAGGCCGCAGUUACCCGCCGGCCCUCCCCAGCCGCCGCCAUGGGGAUUAAAUUUUUAGAAGUUAUCAAACCUUUCUGUGCUGUUCUACCAGAAAUUCAGAAACCUGAAAGGAAAAUUCAGUUUAGAGAGAAGGUACUGUGGACUGCCAUAACUCUCUUCAUUUUCUUAGUAUGUUGUCAGAUACCACUCUUUGGAAUCAUGUCAUCAGAUUCUGCAGAUCCAUUCUACUGGAUGAGAGUUAUUCUGGCAUCCAACAGAGGAACUUUAAUGGAAUUGGGUAUCUCACCAAUUGUAACAUCUGGUUUGAUCAUGCAGUUGUUAGCUGGAGCCAAAAUCAUUGAAGUUGGAGAUACACCAAAAGAUAGAGCACUGUUCAAUGGAGCUCAGAAAUUAUUUGGUAUGAUUAUUACCAUUGGGCAAGCGAUUGUGUAUGUCAUGACGGGCAUGUACGGGGAUCCUGCCGAAAUGGGUGCUGGAAUAUGUCUCCUUAUCAUUAUUCAGUUGUUUGUUGCUGGUUUGAUUGUGCUGCUGUUAGAUGAGCUGCUACAGAAGGGUUACGGCUUGGGGUCUGGUAUUUCCCUCUUUAUUGCCACCAACAUCUGUGAGACCAUUGUCUGGAAGGCCUUUAGUCCCACUACCAUUAACACUGGCAGAGGUACUGAGUUUGAGGGUGCAGUCAUAGCUCUCUUUCAUUUACUGGCCACCAGAACAGACAAAGUUCGAGCUUUAAGGGAGGCUUUCUACCGUCAGAAUUUACCCAACCUCAUGAACCUCAUUGCUACAGUUUUUGUGUUUGCUGUUGUCAUAUAUUUUCAGGGAUUUAGAGUUGACUUGCCCAUUAAGUCAGCCCGGUAUCGAGGACAGUACAGUAGCUAUCCCAUCAAGCUCUUCUACACCUCCAACAUUCCCAUUAUUCUUCAGUCUGCCUUAGUUUCAAACCUGUAUGUUAUUUCCCAGAUGCUGUCUGUACGAUUUAGUGGCAACUUCCUAGUAAAUUUACUAGGACAGUGGGCUGAUGUCAGUGGAGGGGGACCUGCUCGCUCCUACCCAGUAGGCGGCCUUUGUUACUAUCUUUCUCCUCCUGAGUCUAUGGGUGCCAUAUUUGAGGAUCCUGUCCAUGUAGUGGUUUACAUCAUCUUCAUGUUAGGAUCUUGUGCAUUCUUCUCUAAGACAUGGAUAGAGGUGUCUGGUUCCUCAGCAAAAGAUGUUGCGAAACAGCUUAAAGAACAACAAAUGGUAAUGAGAGGUCAUAGGGAUACCUCUAUGGUUCAUGAACUUAAUAGGUACAUCCCUACUGCAGCUGCAUUUGGCGGUUUGUGCAUUGGCGCCUUGUCAGUGUUAGCUGACUUCUUAGGGGCCAUUGGAUCUGGCACUGGAAUUCUACUUGCAGUCACUAUAAUUUAUCAAUAUUUUGAAAUAUUUGUUAAGGAACAGGCUGAAGUUGGAGGGAUGGGUGCUUUGUUUUUCUAA